AAGCGGAGCCCGGCUCGGCAGCGGGAGCAGGAGGGGUUUGGGAGUUAACUGCAUGCAGGAAAUCUCUCACAUCCUGAGUCCCGGCUCGCUCCUCUCUGUAGCUGUGUAUUAUGGUGCUGCUCGCCAGCCCCAGCUGAUGAAAGUUUGCCUCCCUCAGUCUGGGCUAAGAUGUCAAAGCGGCUCCACGCGGGGCAGCGGCGCUUCCCUCCCCCGCGCCCCCCAGCCCAGCUCUCCGUGCUGCUGCUCAGCCUCAGCUGGCUCCUCUUAGCAUCAUCCGGAGCCCGAGGUGAGAAUGUGGACAGCAAGUUGGAGUCCUCGAGACAGCUGAUGCCAAAGGACCCGCCAAAAGAUUACGAGAUAACAUCUCCCGUCCUUUUGAAUGGAGAAAAGUGGACACCAGCAAACAGCAUUUAUUCAAAGAAUCACCCAGCCCUGCUGCAGGUGGUGGUACGAGCUGAAGGAAAACAUCUGGUCAUCCAGCUGGAGAGAAACGAGGGCCUGUUAGCCAGCAGCUUCACAGAAACACAUUAUUUGAAAGACGGCACUGAUGUGGUUCUCUCACGCAAUUACACGGGUCACUGCUAUUACCACGGCAAUGUACGAGGGUACCCCGACUCGUCAGUCAGCCUCAGUACCUGCUCUGGACUCAGGGGAAUUAUUGCAUUUGCAAACAAAAGCUACAUUCUGGAGCCAAUAGAAGGUGCUACGACUGAACACAAGAUCUACCGAGCAGAGAACUUGAAAAUAGUUCCAGGAUCUUGUGGCCACCAGCUGGAUAUCUCUGCCAUGAGGUCCCAUGACACAACACACCAUUCUCAAGCUGGCAGGUACAAGAGGGAGACUCUGAAGACAACAAAGUAUGUGGAGCUUGUUAUUGUGGCAGAUAAUCGCGAGUUUCAGAGACAAGGCAAGGAUGUGGAAAAAAUUAAGCAGAGGCUGAUAGAAAUUGCAAACUAUGUUGAUAAGUUCUAUAGGCCACUGAAUAUUCGAGUAGCCCUGGUUGGAGUGGAGGUGUGGAACGACAUGGAUAAGUGUUCCAUUUCUCAAGAUCCUUUCACCAGCCUCCAUGAGUUUCUGGACUGGAGAAAGUUAAAACUGCUACCUCGUAAACCCCAUGACAAUGCACAGCUAAUAAGCGGGGUGUACUUCCAAGGGACUACCAUUGGCAUGGCGCCCAUAAUGAGCAUGUGCACUGCAGAGCAGUCUGGAGGGGUCGUCAUGGAUCAUUCAGAAAACCCUCUAGGUGCAGCAGUCACCCUGGCUCAUGAACUGGGCCACAAUUUUGGAAUGAAUCACGAUACGUUGGAGAGGGGCUGCAACUGCAAAGCAUCUACUGAGAAAGGGGGUUGCAUCAUGAAUCCCUCUACUGGCUACCCAUUUCCCAUGGUAUUCAGUAGCUGCAGCAGAAAGGACCUGGAAAACAGCCUGGAGAAAGGAGUUGGAAUGUGUCUGUUUAAUUUGCCUGAAGUCAAGGAGUCCUUUGGUGGACAGAAGUGUGGGAAUGGCUAUGUGGAAGAUGGAGAGGAGUGCGACUGUGGGGAGCCUGAUGAAUGUACGAACCCGUGCUGUAAUGCAACGACCUGUACUCUGAGACCGGGAGCCGUGUGUGCACAUGGACUUUGCUGUGAAGACUGCAAGUUAAAACCAGCGGGGAUUUCUUGCAGAGAGUCAAGUAAUUCCUGCGACCUGCCGGAGUUUUGCACGGGAGCCAGCCCUCACUGCCCAGCUAACGUGUACCUGCACGAUGGGCACGCGUGCCACGGGGUGGAUGGCUACUGCUACAACGGCAUCUGCCAGACCCACGAGCAGCAGUGCAUCACCCUCUGGGGCCAGGGUGCGAAACCUGCUCCUGGGAUCUGCUUUGAGAGAGUCAAUUCUGCAGGUGAUCCUUACGGCAACUGUGGCAAAGACUCCAAGAGCUCCUUUGCCAAGUGUGAGCCCAGAGAUGCUAAAUGUGGAAAAAUUCAGUGUCAAGGGGGAGCAAAUCGACCUGUGAUUGGUACCAAUGCUGUUUCCAUAGAAACCAAUAUCCCCCUCCAGGAAGGUGGAAAGAUUCUGUGCCGUGGUACCCACGUGUAUUUGGGGGAUGAUAUGCCAGAUCCGGGUCUUGUGCUGUCGGGAACCAAGUGUGAAGAUGGAAAAAUUUGUCUUAAUCGCCGGUGCCAGAAUACAAGUGUUUUUGGUGUACACAAAUGUGCAACUAAGUGCCAUGGACGUGGAGUCUGCAACAAUAAAAAGAACUGUCACUGUGAAGCUGACUGGGCCCCCCCCUACUGUGACAAGCCAGGGUUCGGUGGCAGCGUGGACAGCGGGCCCAUAAGGCAAGCAGAUAACAAGAGUUUAACCAUAGGAGUGUUGAUAACUGUUCUGUGCCUUAUCUUUGCUGGGUCAAUCAUGUAUCUGAAAAGGAAGACUUUCAUGAGAUUACUGUUUACAAGUAAGAAGACAACAAUAGAGAAACUAAGGUCUGUGAAUCCAACAAGGCCUUCCAGUUUGUCUGAGCCUAAUCACAUUCACACCACAUCUCUCAGUAAAAACCUCAUCAUGAAGCCACAAAACAUACCAAAAAGAGAUGGCCCGAGACGACCGCUGCCGUAUCAGAUCGUUGACAUUAGCAACCCUGUGAAGACGGAUGAUUUGCCACCAUUAAAAACGCCGCAGCGAGUCCUGCCACCCCUUCCCCAGCUGCCAUGUCAUCAAGCUGUGCCUGAAAGACCCUUGCCAGCUAACCCCUCCCUGAGGUUCUCCCAGGAAAACCACAAGCCAAACCCCCCUCGGAAGCCUCUACCAGCAGAUCCUCUGAGCAAAGCUCGUUAUAACAGUGCGUGCACCCCAGUGCUUGGACACACAAAAGCUGUGCCUCCCAUUACUCCUGUAAGACCUGCUCCUAAGCAUCCACCACAGGUAUCCAGGUCCAGCAACACUGCUGAUGUGAAAUGACUAGGAAAUCUGACACCUUUGUUAUCAAAAGUGAAGACAGAAGUUUGCACUAUCUUUAAACUCCAGCUGGAGUUCAUUUUUAUAACAAUACUUAGAAUUUUUAAUGUUUAAAACAGCAUUAUUUUUAAGAAUUCUGAGCUACUGCCUUUGGUGCUGUGCUGUGCUAUGGUGCUCUGUAUACUUGCUCAGGUACUUGUAAAUUAUUAAUUUAUGUUGAAUAUUUAUUACAGUGCAGUGCACUGUAGUAGAUAUUUUUACCAUAGCUGAGUUUUCCUAAAAAGGAAGCCUUUUUUUUGUAAUAUUUCAAUGAACUUGAAUAAUUCUGCUCUAUUGGUCCUAUGUAGGGUGUUUAGUUUUGAUGAAUCAAAUGAAUGAAGAAAUCAAUCUCAAUGGUUCAUAGCGAACUCUUGAAUAAGUGUGUCAGGGUAAAAAAAUCUCCUGAAACAUGGUGAAAUGUCCGAUAUUGCACACAGAUGUGGAAUGUGUGUUCUUACCAAAGUAUCACUCAGCAUUAGCAGUUGUACUGUAAUUUCAGUUUUCACGUUGCUGUUUGAAAUGGUCAAGAAAUCUGUGCUACGAGAGAAUGUCUUCUUUUGGGGCAAGUUCUCUUACUGAAGAAGUACUGUAUAUCACAAAGCUGUAUUUUUUAACCUCAUUUUCCUCAAACACAACAUGGUUAGUACGUAUUGGUGCAGAUAUCAGGCCUUCCAGUGUCAUUACUUUUCUGAUGCUUUGGUAAUUAAGUUCAACCAAUACUGUGUAAGGUAUCUCGCUAUGUUACAUGCCUAUACUGUUUAGGCUGACAACAGAUUACACGGAAGGGGUGGGGGGAAGCCAAACAUUACAAAGUUGCAUUUUAAAAAUCAAUUAUUAUACUUAAUUUCUUUUGCCUCAUUGCUCUGCUUAUCAACUGUAUUUUGCAUAUUUACUACUGUUUUGUAUUAACUAAAAUAUUUUUCUGGUUUUCCUACUUUUCAAAUUGAAAUACAUAUUUUAGAACACGGACUUUGGUUAUCCUAAGACAUGAAAAUAAAGCUUCAUCUCUUUACUAUUUACUACUGUUUUGUAUUUAACUUCUAAAAUAUUGUUCUGGGUUUCUUAAUUUUCUAAACAAAAUACGUAUUUUAGAACAUGGACUUUGCUUAUCCUAAGACAUAGAAACAAAAUUUCAUCUCUUUACUGUGUAGUAACAUUACAUUUGAUCUCUUCUGUACCUUCUCAGUAGCACUGCUGAAUACGGUUGUUUCACAUAUGCUGUAAUAAAAACAUUUUUUGAAUAUCUGUUGAAAUAGAGGGAGAAGGAGCUAUUACCUUACAUAGGUUAGCUUCCUCAUUGCCUGCAUUUUGUUGUUGUUGUUGUUCUUUAAGCAAAAAUAAAAGCAUUGCUAGAAA